GCGUGAGUCAUACUUACCUUAUUUAUGUAGAUAUUCUGUAAUAUUAUGUGAUCUGUAAUAUUCUGUAAUAUUUGUAGUAUUAUUAGAUUUACUACUUGCCUUAGGAGUAGUACUUGUCUUAUUAGACACAAUUGUAAUUUGUAUAUAAUUCCUUCUUGUAAGGUGAAUGAGAUAUCGAAGUUAUUCAGCCAAAAUUAUCUCUUGUUUUUCGUUAUAUUUGACUUGGUAUCAAAGCAGAGAUCCGAUCCUGGACUCUGACUCAUUGUUCUUUGAUCCUUGACUCUUGUUCUUUGUGCUUGGAUUUGUUCCUUGUCCUUUGAUCCUUUCAUCACCGUUGCCUUCUUAUAUUUCCAAGUACUUUGUUGUUUUUCCUUCCGCUGCAUAUUCACCAUGGUGAAAGCUCCUUCUUCUCUGCGUCCCUCUCCUCAAGGUUCUUCCCCUGUGUUCUCCUCAAGUCUGACUUGUAACUACUGCAAGAAUCCAGGCCACAUCAAAGCAAACUGUUACAGGUUGGUUGGUUUUCCAGCAGGCUACUUUGAUAGGCCCCGACCUCAGGACAACAAACCCAAGGGAAAGGCUGCGGUGACAAAACCAGAUCACACCAACUUUGCUGGUAAGGAUACCGCAUCCGUAAGUUACGGUGGUAAUGGACCUCCUCACCAGGGAAAUAAUCGGCAGGGGUUAUCUGAGGGGUCGACUAUUCCAUCUGGAUUGCAUGUUUGCCGGAAUGAAGCCGGAGAAGGCAGUCCAAGCAGCUUUGAUUUCGACUGGGGUUACUAAUCAAGUUGAAGAAUUAUGGCUAUGGCAUCGGAGAUUGGG